AUAGAGAAGUUUCCCAUUGAAAGAUGAUGUUUAGUCUGUCCGAAGGCCUCCCUCAGUGCUGCUCUGAUCAAGACAUUGAACAGGAUGUAUCUUCCCUAAAUAGUUGAAUGCUUGUGAGGCAGCCCUGCAUCUGAAGGGGUCAAGGAAGGGUUAAGGGGAGGGAGGUUGGAUUCCUAGAGAGGAAGGAAGCCAGGGAGGAGGAGGAGCCCAGUCCUCCAGAGCAGGCCAUCCUUCCUUGACCACCUCCUCCUCUCCUUGGGCAGCCUUCCUCUCCUCCUGGGAGUGUCAUUCCCAGAUUCCCUUCAAUGGGCUGAAGAUCUGUACUUGCUAUAUUUCUGUUACUAGUGAAACAGAAUCCCAUAAAUAACAAAGGGAGAUGCCACGCUUGCUUUUGCAGGCAGGGAAUGUUUUCAAGCUGAAGGGGGUUGAAUGCGUGGAUACAGAGGGAGGAAAAGUGAUUGUUGUCUGAGAAUGUUGGAGUAGAGCCUGUUCAAGGAAACGAGGAGGAGGAAAGCGUCUUGGGUCCAGUCUGUUUCUUCACCAAACAGUGGUGCCAACAUGGAGAGACCCAACUCACCUGGAAUUGAAGCAAAACCUGGGAGCGGUGGUGAAUCCUGGGGAAAAACAACACAUAAUUUCAAGAGUGUGGACCUUUAUAGUUCACUCAUACAGUUCAGGCAUUCCUCCUUCCGAGAGGGCGAGGGACCCAGAGAGGUUUGCAGCCGCCUCCACUCUCUCUGCCGCCAGUGGCUGAAGCCAGAGCAACACACCAAGGCGGAGAUGCUGGACCUGGUGAUCCUGGAGCAGUUCCUGAGCAUCCUGCCCCCAGAGAUGGGGAGCUGGGUCCGAGAGUGUGGGGCAGAGACCUCUUUCCAGGCGGUGGCCCUGGCGGAAGGCUUCCUCCUGAGUCAGGCAGAGGACGAGAAGCAGGAAGGACAGGCCCAAAAUGGCUGCAUGGAAGCCCACCCGGAUGUCCCUGAAUCGGAGGAACCCCUACCAGGCCCCACCCAGAGCCUCCAGCAGAAGGAGAUCAAGCAGGAAGGAGAUGGGGCUGCGGCCUUGGAGGGGGCUGGAAUGAUGUUUUUGCCAAAUCCACAGUCGAGUCUUCCCUUUUGUGAUGGAGUGGAACUGAAUCAGGGCCCAAUUGCCUUCGAGGACGUGGCUGUCCAUUUCUCCAUGGAGGAGUGGGCUCUCCUGAAUCCUGGCCAAAAAGUCUUGCACAUGCAGAUCAUGGAGGAGAUUCAUGGGAUGGUGGACUCUCUUGCAGAUAACCGGAACACCAAACAUUUGGGACACAAUGGGGACCUUCCUAGACGCCAGCAAAGCCAGAGAGAUGGAGCUUCUGCCAGAGAAACACCUUUCAAAUGCAAUGUAUGUGGGCAGUAUUUUACCCAAAAUAUGGGACUUACACUUCACAAGACACUCAGUGCUGGGAAAAGCCAUUGUCAGUUGAAAGUAUCAGGAAAAUGGAUUGCUGAUUACAAACCGCCAGAUCUGAGCCAACAAGAAAUCUUUCAAGGAACUGAGGAUUUCAUAAACCAGGAGUGCGGGACAUGUUUUGCUGACAGUUCACAAUUGAUGAGGCGCAAAAACCUCCACACAAGAGAGAAGCCAUACCAAUGCAAAGAGUGUAAGAAAUGUUUUCCUUGGAAGUCAACACUUCUCAGACACUGGAGUAUCCAUACAGGAAAGAAACCAUUCCAGUGCCAGGAGUGUGGGAAAUGUUUUGGUCGCAGUUCAACCUUGGUGAGUCACAAUAGAGUCCACACAGGAGAGAAGCCAUACCAAUGCCAGGAGUGUGGGAAAUGUUUCGCUUCCAGUUCAGAUUUGGUGAGGCAUAAAAGAGUCCACACAGGAGAAAAGCCAUGCAAAUGCCAGGAGUGUGGGAAGUGUUUUGCUGACAGUUCAACCUUGGUGGGGCACAAAAAACUCCACACAGGAGAGAAACCAUACCAAUGCAAGGAGUGUGGGAAAUGUUUUGUUUCCAGUUCACAGUUGGUAAGCCACAAAAAACUCCACACAGGAGAGAAACCAUACCAGUGCAAGGAGUGUGGGAAAUGUUUUGCACACAGUUCAGACUUGGUUAAGCACAAAAGACUCCACACAGGAGAAAAGUCAUACAAAUGCCAGGAGUGUGAGAAGUGUUUUGCUGACUGUUCAACUUUGAUGAAGCACAAAAGACUCCACACAGGAGAGAAGCCAUACCAAUGCAAGGAGUGUGGGAAAUGUUUUGCUCACAGUUCAGACUUGGUGAGGCACAAAAGACUCCACACAGGAGAGAAGCCAUACAAAUGCCAGGAGUGUGGGAAAUCUUUUGCUCACAGUUCACACUUGGUAACCCACAAAAGACUCCACACAGGAGAGAAGCCAUACAAAUGCCAGGAAUGUGGGAAAUGUUUUGCUCGCAGUUCUCUCUUGGUGGGCCACAAUAGAGUCCACACAGGAGAGAAGCCAUACCAAUGCCAGGAAUGUGGGAAGUGUUUUGCUCGCAGUUCAGACUUGGUGAGGCACAGAAGACUGCACACAGGAGAAAAGCCAUACAAAUGCCAGGAGUGUGGGAAGUGUUUUGCUGACCAUUCAGUGUUUGUGAGGCACAAAACACUCCACGUAGUUGAGAAGCCAUGCAAAUGCCAGGAGUGUGGGAAGUGUUUUGCUAACAGUUCAAGCUUGAUGAGGCACAAAAGACUCCACACAGGGGAGAAGCCGUACCAAUGCCAGGAGUGUGGGAAAUGUUUUGGUUACAGUUCGCACUUGGUGAGACACAAAAGACUCCACUCAGGAGAGAAGCCAUACAAAUGCCAGGAGUGUGGGAAAUGUUUUACUCAGAGUUCACAAUUGAUGAGGCAUAAAAAACUUCACACAGGAAAGAAAGAGUAAAAGUGUCAAGAGUGUAGAAAAUGUUUUACACAGAAUACACCCCUUAUUGACCACUGGAGAUCCCACACAGGAGGGAAAUCAUAUCUAUGUCAAGAGAGUGGGAAAUGUUUUGCUGACAGUUCACAAUUUUUGAGCCAAAAAUGACUCCACACAGGAGAGAAUCCUUACUAAUGCCCAGAGGAAGUGUUUUACUCAGACUCUAUCUGUUAACAAAAAACAGUGAAUACGAACAGGCUGCAAAACAGCCUUUGUGUGUAAACAUGUGAUUUCAAACAGGACUGUUUGAGAAGUUCUGCUUCAGACUUGGUAAAGUCCCCUUACAAUGCAUAUCGACAAAAUAAUAACAAGAAAGAAUAUAAGGAAAUCAAAACAACAACAUUAAACAGUAUAUAAAACGACCAUCAAACGCAAACAACUAAUAGUAAAGGAAGAGAUGUUUCCACUAUUAUUUCCCUUGAUGUGUACAAAUUGUAUCUCUAGCUAGAAUUUACUGGCUGUUAACUUGCUCCUGGCACUCUGCUAAUCCACAGUAGACAGAAAAACAUGAGCCGUUGUAUUAAUUUGGAAUGUACAGUAUUAUAUGAGUAUUUGAAUCUAUGAUAACCUAUUUUGAAUAUAUGAAUCAAAUUGUCUGUGAGAAAUUUGAUAGGCCUUUGGGUUUUGUAUUGUAAGGAAACAGAUGUUUCCGUGUAGAGUAACAAUCCUAAAGUUUGUAUAAUAAAUACAAGCUUUCCAACUA